AUGGCGGCCACGGCGCUGCCCCGCGGCGCCGCCCAGGAGGUGCCCGGCCUCCUGCGCGUGCCGGGUCUGGCGGAGUCGCUGCGGCAGCAGGCGGCGCCGCCCGGGGACACGGACGCGGUGGAGGAAACGGUGGCGGCUGUCCGGGAGGCGCUGGGCGGCGGCGACGAGCGCGUCCCGCAGCCGCCCUCCUGGCGCGACGCGGUGCACCGUCAGGUGGUUCCCCGACGGCCUCCCCCGGAGCAGGCCGAGACGAAGGGCUUCCAGGCGUUGGCGCAGGACGAGGCAGCGCUCGAGGGGGGAUGA